CCGUUUUUCCCUUCCCUAUUGCUGCUGCUGCCGCCGCCGCCGCCGCCGCCACCAAUGUUGGUCCUGUCGCUGCGGACAAGAAAGUGGACGUGCUAGGCCGGAUUGCCGUGCCCAUCCCAACCGACCCUCUGUCCCCUUUUUCCUGCCGGGGGCCUUGCGCUGAGCUGGGGCCCGGCAGGGAAGGGACAUGGCUGCUUCGCCCGGGGCCCGGCACACUGCCUGGGGGACAGGCGUGGGCCAUCGGGGCGGGGGGGCCCGGGUGUGAGUGGCCGCCGCCUCCGCCGCCUCUUCUUGCCUCUGUGUGUGAGUGUGUGUGUGGAGGGGGAUCCCUUCCAAUUUGAGCCUGGCCUCUGCUAUGUUGCAUUCCCAGCACCUUCUUCGAUAGCUUUUGCAAAUGAAAAUGGAGGAAAUGACUUUGUCAGGCCUGGAUAACAGCAAGUUGGAGGCUGUGGCUCAUGAUAUUUAUACAGACUUGAUUGAGGAUGCAUGCCUGGGCUUGUGUUUUGAGGUGCACCGAGCUGUCAAAUGUGGCUACUUCUUUCUGGAUGACACAGACCCUGAUAGUAUGAAGGACUUUGAAAUUGUAGACCAACCAGGGCUGGAUAUCUUUGGGCAGGUCUACAACCAAUGGAAGAACAAGGAAUGUGUUUGCCCAAAUUGCAGCCGAAGUAUUGCCGCCUCCCGCUUCGCCCCACACUUGGAGAAGUGCCUCGGGAUGGGCCGGAACAGCAGCCGCAUUGCCAAUCGGAGGAUAGCAAGCAGUAACAAUAUGAACAAAUCUGAGAGUGACCAAGAGGACAACGAUGAUAUAAAUGAUAAUGACUGGUCAUAUGGAUCUGAGAAGAAAGCAAAGAAGAGAAAAUCGGAUAAGAAUCCCAAUUCACCUCGAAGAUCCAAGUCCAUGAAACAUAAAAAUGGGGAGCUGAGUGGUAACCCAGACCCAUUUAAGUAUAACAACUCUGCGGGAAUCAACUACGAAACACUUGGCCCUGAGGAGCUCCGUACUUUGCUCACUACGCAAUGUGGGGUGAUCUCUGAACACACCAAGAAGAUGUGUACACGGUCACUACGCUGCCCCCAGCACACGGAUGAACAGCGGAGGUCAGUCAGGGUCUACCUCCUGGGACCCUCUGCCUCACUUCCUGAAACGGAAGGAAGCGUGGAGAAUGACAGUUUUGAUGUGGCGGAAAGCCAAGCCCUCAUGAGUAGACUGCAGUGGGAUGGAGCUUCAGACAUCUCUCCCUCUGACUCUGCCUCCUCGAAAGCAAGUACAAACAACUCAGAGUCCCGAAAAACCAAAAAGAAGAAACCGCACAUGAGCCUGGUUGGAGGUGCUCCAGGAAUGAGCUCCAGUAAGAAGAAACUGAAGCCAAAACCACUUGCACCUCCCACUCCCAGCCUUUACGACGACAUCAACUGAAUUAUGCUGGGAUGAGGAAAAAAUGAGCCAGGGAUGUGCCCCAGCACCCUUCAGACACAGUUCAUGGGAAAGGAGCUGGAUUGUGUCUUUCAUGCACUCUCUCACAUAUACUUUUUUUUUUAAGAAAAGAAAAAAAAAUAACUGUGAAAGAGAGAUGGCUGCAUGUUUCCCCUUCUCAAGCCUCCCACACUCAUGUGCACUUGACAUGGCACAGAAGAAACAGACUGCUUUGGAGCGCCCACCUCUUCUGGAGAAAAGGGGUGGCAGUGAUUUGAGGCACCUUCCAAAUGGACCAUGCCUCCACGCAUCAAGGGGUAGCCAUUCUCCAUCCCUCCCCUCCCCGAUUCAACACGUCUAUUUAUUGUGAUGUUAAUGGAUGUUCAAUCAUGACUAUAUAUAUGGUGGCAUUGUGUCGCUUAGCAACUCUAGAGACUGACUGGGCAGGUUGGGAGGUAUGCACAAAUGUGUGUGUGUGUGUAUGUAUGUAUGUAUGUGUGUGUCUGCCUGUGGCCAUUUGUUCUGGUUUCGAAGGGAAUUAAAGGGCCUGUGCAGGAAUGGAGAAAGGCUGGUGCCCUCCAGUGCCUGCCUCUUCCCUCUUAAGAGUAUCUGCUGCAGUGGUCUCCUUUUUUUUGUCACAAGACGUGGCAUGAGAUUCUUGAGUUGGCCUUUUCCUCUCAGAGCUUUCACAGCAUUCUGUUUUUUCAGAAGGUUGGUUCUGUAGCUGCUGGUCUGCCCUGCGCCUUGAGCAUCAUGGCCAUCCAUGGAUAUCUGUGCUGAGUAUAUCAGGGAGGGACAAAUAUGUUUGGAAUGAUGUUGCUACUUUCACAGUUAGUCCCUUUGCAUAUGGUGUCCACUUCAUCAUCUGUAAUAUUUCAAGGAUUUUGUAUGAAGCAGCAUUAAGAAUGGUUGUGAUAAUAUGGACACUUCUCCCAGUGCAUGCAUGUCAGGAAUCGAGUGCAGUCCUUGAUGUCUUAACGUGUGGACUGGGCUCAAAUCUACAUUUGCCCAAACCUGACAAGCAGCCAGUAUUUGAACACUCACAGUAAUUGCUCUAUCCUCCUCUUGAACGUAAGUAUGAAUCUUCUUUGUGCCAGAAAAGUGGCUGGUAUAUCCGAAUGUUGAAUUUUAAAACAGCUCUACUUCAUACCCCAUAGAAUAGGCUCACAGAGGCCAGGUGGGAGAGCUGUGGUGUGGUCUGUUAUGCUCAAUCCUUUUCUCCCACCAUAUGUGUAAGGGACAGAGUUAUUUGUGUUGAAUCUGUCAACAGAUCUAAAAAAGAAAAAAAGCAUGCAGUGGAAGAAAGGAGGUGUUUUCAGGGCACUGUUACUGCUGUCUCUUUUUCAUACCUCCCCAUCUAUUCCUGCCUCUGGUUUUAUUCUUUCUACAAAUUACUAAACAACGGCAGUUUUAAAUCUAGUGCUAUAAAUCAUGGUGGUCCUAAAUUGUCUGAAUGGAGGAUUGAUGUUUCAAAGCUACUUCUGGCUGUGGCUGCCUUGCAAUAUACAUGGGUCCUUUCCUCUGUACCUUUUCCUGAAUCUUAAGCUUUAGAGCUGAAAAAGGUUAUGUGCUGCCCGAAAAAGGUCUGCACAAGCCACACAACUGCUGCUGCACACACACAAAGGAAUGUCUUCUGCAUUCUUCUCUGCUGUCCAUCUCUUCCACAGAAUGCAGCCCGCCUUCUCUUAGUUGUUUUAUUGAAAAAGCCUGCUAAGUGCCCGUAUCUGCCAUUACAAAAAUCCACAGCCGUCACCUCCUACAAUCUUGCUGCAUCACACCAUUGUUGCACACUGAGCUGUGUUGACUCUAAAGGUGGCUGUGUCCCCUGUGGACCUCCUACAAGUUUCCUGGUUCUUUAAGAGGCUGUGGAGUUUCAAAUCUUGUCUGUAGUGUUAUCUUAGGUUACUGCAGAGCUGCUAGAUCUUUGGUACCUGCAGCCACUAAACAGAGAGGACAUGGGACUAACGAUGGCUCCAUUGUAUCAGGUGUGGAAACUGAGUAGCCUAUGCAACAAGUUGACCCUAUCAAGAUUUGAUUAGGGUUUCCCCCACACACACUUCCUUUUCCGUCCUGCUCUUUGCUUCCUUGCGCUAAAGGUCUGUGAUUGCUUUUGCCAAACGGGUAGGAAGCCUAGUGCUGAGAUGGAAUUCUCUACAUCAUUUGUUCAACACCUUUCUUUGCAAAAUGUGACCCAUUUUUUCAUUUUACAGUCUGAAAAACAUGUCACCAUUCUCUGGAAACCAAGACUUCCUAUUAUGCUUUAUGAAGUUUCAGAAAACAUGAUUUAGUAUUCUGAGAAACAUUUCUUACAUGCAUCAGACAGGUUUCUGAACUGUUUAGUCUGAAUUGAAUCUUUCCAAGAGGGGAAAGGGAUGGUGGAGAGAGGAGAGAGACUUUGAUUCUGACCAGAAUCAGUUACUCCUCUCUGCUUGACAACCAGUAGCUACAGUUUAAAUUUCAUACCCAUAAAACUUCUGGCUGCCUUGACUUACGGUAUAUUCUGUAUAACUGCAAAGAUGGCCAGAGUGAGACUAGAUCUUUGCUCUGCUUCCAUGUUGCAACUGAAGCAUUCAGAGUUAUGCUGUAGACAGCUUUGGAAGUGUAGCAUCUGAGGACUUUUGAACAUUCAUUUCCCAGUGGGGAGAGGACACAGGUCUUUUUAUAUAUGGCUCUGUAUCUGCACUUGCACCCUUUAUUUUUUAAGGUAGGCCUGUUUCACUUGAAAAAAAAAACUGUAUUCUAUCAUGAAUGGACUGAUGAGAGGUUUUUUUAAUUUGUUGAUAAUGACAUACAAACUGCACCUAUGUGAUAUUUUUGAAAGCGUGCAGAAUCAUUGACGUAAGUACUGUACUGUGGUCUGAUUUUUUAAAAUUUUCUUGUUUUGUGUAUGUAAUCUCAGCUUGUACAGGUAGGUAGGUAGAUUUAAGAAAAACUGUCAAAUCUGUAAUUUUUUUUCUGCCCAUCCAUGGAUUGUGGCAUGCCUGUGUAAAUAAACUGCAACUCUGCUUGGUA